CUUGGCAGGCAGGCAAGGCAGGCCAAGCGAGAGGGGAUAAGCAAGGUUUUGCUGAAGCAGAAGAUGCUGCUGCUGCGGGCCGCUAGGGCGGCCACGGCGGCGUCAGCAGUUGCCGCUGGCGCCAGGAGGAAACCCGGUCUUCUACCUAUCGCCAUCGCCGGCCUCUCCUCCUCAUCAGGGGCACCAUCGGGUGGGAGGAGGAAGAAGGGCCAGCGGCGAGGCGAGGCCAAGCCCCAACCCCAGCCCUUGCCCGGGCACGCUGAGCCCCCGAGCAAGAAGAAGACCAACGCGAGGCCGGCCAAGGACAGGAAGGUUCGCCCACUGGAAGAGGCACUACGGCCACCAAGCCAGGAGAUUGAGAUGAGGAAGCAGCAACCGGAGAAGCCGAAGCGGGUGGUGCGGUGGCGUUGCGCGACGGGGUGUGGCGCGUGCUGCAAGCUCGACAAGGGCCCCGAAUUCCCCACCCCCGACGAGAUCUUCGCCGACCACCCCGACCAGCUCCAGCUGUACAAGGGCAUGAUUGGCCCUGAUGGAUGGUGCACCAACUACGACAAGUCUAACCGAACCUGCAACAUCUACCAAGACCGGCCAUUCUUCUGCAGGGUGGAACCGAAGGUAUUCGACGAGUUCUUUGGUGUGCCACGCAACAGAUUUGACAGAGAAGCCUGCAGUGCUUGUGUAGAUAACAUCAAGAUGGUGUACGGUGAGGAUUCUGCCGAGCUUGUUAAUUUCAAGCAUGUCAUAAAGGAGGAAAGUAAAAAGCAGGAAGCAAGCAUGAGCCAAAUUAAGUUGUUGGAUACCUAGCUCUGGCCCAGGGGCUAGCAUCAUUCUUAAAUUAAGCCUUUUCUGGACAUCUUCGCUGAUGCACUGGUUUAUUGUUUCACGUAAAAUUUAGAAGGUAUCAACGUUCUGAUGUAAAGAUCCACAUACGUUAUCUAAUUCAUUGCGGGACGUUGAAAUUUGGAAUAUGUGAUGUUCGAUGCUCAUAGAAGGGCCUGGUGCUACGGCAGUUCUGACCUAUGCAGUUACUGCCUCGUCUCAAAAUAGAAGGCAUGUUUCAGGACUUGUACUAAGAUUUUCUCCAUUAAUAUGUGACUUGUGUGAUUUAUAUCAUAAUCAUAAGCAUGUACUUUUGAAUACAAACACAAUUAUAUCAUUUUUAUAUCA